AUGCAGCAUCCAGUAUUUAGAUACCUCAAUUUGACUGGCGUGGAUGAACAAUCAAGGAAUAUCAUAACAUCAGUUGCGGCAUUCUGGGCUUUAUGCGACUUUGAAGGUAACCAAAAGAAGCUUGAUGAAUUAAUCAAUCUGGCAAAAGAAGAAAAAAAUAAGGAUGAUUCUAAACUAAAAUUUUUAGAAGAAACACAUCCAUUGAAUAAUUAUUUUAUUGAACUCCGAGAACAAUUUACAGCUAUUUUAAAAGAUGAUAAACAUUAUAAAAAAGAUCAUGCUAAUGACGAUACAACCAUAGGAAAUUUAGAAUGGAUCCACUCAAACAAUGCACAAGUCUUAUCCGACAGUGUUGAAGAUGCUACUUGGGUUCUAAAUCAAUCUUUGAAGGAAAAGGAACAGAAUGAAUGGUUAGAGUUGGCAAGAUUACAAUUUGCUGCUAUUCAGUGGGAUACAUUUCAAACUAUUGGAUCUUGGAUCUAUCCUGAUAAUACUGCGAAAGAAAGUAACUAUUUACCUGCUCUUGAUUUUUCUCAGUUAGCACUACAACGAGUAAAUGAAGACGAACCAUCCAUAUUUCAAAAGGUUCAACCUUUGAAAAAUAUUACGAAGACUAAGGAGGAUGGAGCAAAACAAUCUGAUACAAAUACUAAACCUGGUACUACAGCUACCACAAAAUCCAAGAGAAAGAAGAUCAAAGCUGCAGGGGAGACGAGAUUAGCUCAAAAGAAACAAAAACGUUCGGGUGCUGUAGAGUGUCCCAUAACCCAUAAGUUGAUCCCAGAAGAUAAAUUUGAUAGUCAUCUAAAGAGUUUAUUAGCUGACCCAAAUUACAAAAUUGAGCGCCAAGCAUAUCUAGAUAAGCAUAAACUUUCAAACUUAGCCGAAGAUGAAGUAUUCCUUAAUCUGCAGAAACUAUCUAAAAGAUAG